GUUACAACUGAUGAGUUCUUAUUAAUUAUGGACGAAACAUUUAUGGUAGCACAAGAAAAAGAAAAAAAGUCGAUAGAUUUUGUGUAAAUAGGAAUGAUUCAUAAAUUCAUUUAACUGGGAAACUGUUUCACUGAAUUAACCAAUGCAAAUUUAACAUUCUUCAUGUACAGAAAAUGUCAACCAUAAAAUUUUUGAGUUGCAUUCUAACAUUUACAGUAUGCUGUAUUCAUACCAUAUUUUGUAUAGAUACUAUUUCCAAGUUUCGAGCUAAUGUUACCUUGAAAUUGGGUCUUAGCAAUGAUUUCAGUUCAGAAUGUGAUGAAACUGUUUACAAAGUUCUAGUGUGUGCAGGAGAAUUCACUAAUCAAUGUCAACUAGUUGGUCCGAUUUCUCGAUUUAUUCAAGCAACUUGUGCUUCUCAAGGACCACCAGAAUCAUUAAGUUUCUUAGUCUCAUCUGUAGAGAAUCCAAUUGAAUUAGAUGUUACAGUUCAAAAAGUUGGUGAACAAGAGAUUCAACAACUUCGUAAUACAGAAUUUCGUUUAACAGAAGAAAGUGAAAUAUCUGUAACAUCACUUGACCUUUCACUGAUAGUUCGUUUUCAUGUCGCUUAUUCAUGUCUACCAAAUUAUUUUGGAAAGACAUGCACAAAAUUCUGCGAUCAACAAGCUGUUGAAUAUCGAUGUGAUCAAUUGGGGAAUAUGUUUUGUAAGCCGGGUUAUUAUAUGGAUCAAAAGUUUCAAAAAUGUCGUUCAGAUCAAUGUCUCAACAAACGCAAUUAUUGUUUAAAUGGUGGAGUUUGCAUGAAUAAUCCAAAUAUUGAAACUACAGAGUUACCAAUAUGCAUUUGUCCUACUGAUUUCAGAGGUUUACGUUGUGAGUUAAGAAAUCAUUCAAUGAAUAACAUAUUUCCCGUAAAUUUAAAUACAAUUCCAUUAAAAGAGACUGAAUUCAAAAAGAAUAAUUCAUUUCGUAUUGAAAAAUCACUAAGUACUACUACUGAAAGUAAAGAAAUACAGUCUACCGAAUAUAUGAAUACUAAAGAGUCUAAAUCGUCGAAUUCCAAUGAUGUUAGAGAAAACCCACUUGAAAUGAAUUCAGAUUUUGACCGACAAGUAAAACUACAGCUGCUGCUACAAUAA